UGUUAAUGUGCCGGUCACCGAUGGAUCCCCGACGGUACCCCGUGCUACCUAUACGCUGUUGUUACCUGUUGGCGUGCUCGCCCGAGCUCUACACAUUCGGUAUCGCUUACCAGGGCGGCCGAUCCGCCGAUUUUUACUCACUUCCAAUACCCCAAUCAGUGCAACAAUUCCCCGAAUUCCUUAAAUCGUCUCUGAAAAUUCAAAGUGCGAGUGAUAAACGAUUGUGAAAGAGUUCAAUCGCAUUUAUAACUCCCUCAUUAUUUUGUACAUGUCCACGUCGUCAAGUUCAUGCGCCGGAAUGAGUGACUCGGUGCACAGAAUUACAGUGAGAUUCGUUAUUUUGUGAGAGAGCCACAGUGGGGUCAAUGAUUUACGGUGAUUUCAACGGAAAAGUGGAUUUUAACUGGAGAAAAUUGUCUUCAGGUGUGGAAAAUCAUUGAAUAAGCACAACAUCAAGACCACAAGGUGGCGGGCCAGUGCGCACGUCGAACGAGACUCGAGAGAUGGUCAUCGUUACCCGGGGUGAUUACAUAUGGAUCGAACCAAUAUCGGGACGGGAAUUCGAUGUCGCCAUAGGAGCAAGAGUAGUCUCCGCCGAGGGACGACGGAUUCAAGUUAAAGACGACGACAACAACGAGCAAUGGCUCACGCCCGAGCGAAGGAUAAAGGCGAUGCACGCCACCUCGGUCCAGGGCGUCGAGGACAUGAUAAGCCUCGGCGACCUCCACGAGGCCGGCAUCCUCAGGAAUCUCCUCAUAAGAUACAACGAGAAUCUCAUUUACACUUACACCGGUUCUAUUCUAGUCGCCGUUAAUCCCUACCAAAUUCUGCCGAUUUACACUGCCGAGCAGAUUAAGCUCUACAAGGACAGAAAAAUCGGGGAAUUGCCACCUCACAUUUUCGCCAUUGGCGAUAACAGUUAUGCUCAUAUGAAUCGGUAUGGGCAGGAUCAGUGCAUCGUCAUCAGUGGUGAGAGUGGAGCAGGCAAGACCGAAAGCACAAAGCUCAUCCUGCAAUACCUGGCAGCCAUCAGUGGCAAGCACUCCUGGAUAGAGCAGCAGAUCCUCGAGGCGAACCCCAUCCUCGAGGCCUUCGGCAACGCCAAGACAGUUCGCAACGACAACUCCUCUCGCUUCGGAAAAUACAUAGACAUCCACUUCAACGAUCAGGGGGUCAUCGAGGGCGCCAAGAUCGAGCAGUACCUCCUGGAGAAAUCGAGGAUAGUCUCCCAGAACGCCGACGAGCGCAACUACCACAUCUUCUACUGCAUGCUGGCUGGCCUCUCCCCCGAGGAGAAGAAGAAACUCGAGCUCGAGGACGCGUCCCACUACAGGUACCUCACUGGGGGCGGCAGCAUAACGUGCGAAGGCCGGGACGACGCCGCCGAAUUCGCGGAUAUACGAUCGGCAAUGAAGGUUCUUCUCUUCUCAGACCCCGAGAUCUGGGAGGUGCUGAGGCUGCUCGCUGCUUUGCUGCACAUGGGGAACAUUAAAUACAGGGCGACUGUCGUCGAUAAUCUCGAUGCCACGGAAAUAUCUGAACACACUGCUGUCCAGAGAGUUGCUCAUCUCCUAGGUGUUCCUGUUCAGUCCCUGGUGGAUGCCCUGACCAGAAGAACAAUCUUCGCCCACGGCGAGACAGUGGUCUCAACCCUCUCGAGGGACCAGUCAGUGGACAUCAGAGACGCCUUCGUCAAGGGAAUCUACGGCCGACUCUUCAUCCACAUAGUGAAACGCAUCAACGAAGCCAUCUUCCGUCCGAAGCACAAAUCCCGAAGUGCAAUUGGGGUCCUCGACAUCUUCGGCUUCGAGAACUUUGACCACAACAGCUUCGAGCAGUUCUGCAUAAACUACGCGAACGAGAAUCUCCAGCAGUUCUUCGUCCAGCACAUCUUCAAGCUCGAGCAGGAGGAGUACAACCACGAGGGGAUAAACUGGCAGCACAUAGAGUUCGUGGAUAACCAAGACGCCCUGGACCUGAUCGCCAUAAAGCAGCUGAACAUAAUGGCCCUGAUCGACGAGGAGUCAAAGUUCCCCAAGGGGACCGACCAGACGAUGCUCGCGAAGAUCCACAAGACCCACGGCAGCCACAGGAACUACCUCAAACCCAAAUCGGACAUCAACACUUCAUUCGGGCUCAACCACUUCGCUGGUGUCGUCUUCUACGACACGAGGAGCUUCUUGGAGAAGAACAGGGACACCUUCAGCGCCGAUCUCCUGCAGCUGAUUCACAUAUCGUCCAACAAAUUCCUGCAGACGUGCUUCGUCGAGGACAUCGGCAUGGGCUCGGAGACCAGGAAGCGAGCGCCCACUCUCUCCACGCAGUUCAAGAAAUCCUUGGACUCCCUCAUGAGGACUUUGUGCAACUGCCAGCCCUUCUUCAUAAGGUGCAUCAAGCCGAAUGAGUACAAAAAGCCCAUGAUGUUUGAUCGGGGCCUGUGCUGCAGGCAGCUGAGGUACUCCGGGAUGAUGGAGACCAUCAGGAUCCGGAGGGCUGGCUACCCCAUUCGCCACGCCUUCUCGGAGUUCGUCGAGCGAUACAGAUUCCUGAUAUCUGGCAUUCCCCCGGCGCACAAGACCGACUGCAGAGGGGCCACUGCGAGGAUCUGUCACCACGUUCUCGGCAGGUCGGACUAUCAGCUGGGGCACACCAAGGUCUUCCUCAAGGACGCGCACGACCUCUUCCUCGAGCAAGAGAGGGACCGAGUGCUCACGAGGAAGAUCUUGAUUCUCCAGAGGAACAUCAGGGGCUGGGUCUACAGGCGGCGCUUCCUCAGGAUGAGGACUGCCGCUGUUGUGGUGCAGAAGCUCUGGAGGGGGUACGCCCAGAGGCAGAGGUACAAGCGGAUGCGGAGUGGGUACAUGAGGCUGCAGGCGCUGGUGAGGUCGAGGGUUCUGUCCCACAGGUUCAGGCACCUGCGGGGCCACAUCGUGGCCCUCCAGGCGCGGGCCCGGGGGCACCUCGUGAGGAGAAUGUACCGGAAGAAGAUGUGGGCGAUCGUGAAGAUCCAGGCGCACGUCCGGAGACUGAUCGCCCAGAGGCGGUUUAAGAAAGUUAAAUACGAGUAUCGCCUGCACAUCGAGGCCCUCCGCCUGAGGAAGAUCGAGGAGAGGGAGCUGAAGGACCAGGGGAACAAGCGCGCGAAGGAGAUCGCCGAGCAGAACUACAGGGAGAGGAUGCAGGAGCUCGAGAGGAAGGAGAUAGAGAUGGAGCUGGAGGACCGAAGGCGAAUGGAGAUCAAGAAGAACCUCAUUAAUGACGCGGCUAAGAAGCAGGACGAGCCUGUGGACGACAGCAAACUCGUCGAGGCUAUGUUCGACUUCCUCCCGGACUCCAGCAGUGAGGCCCCCACCCCCGCCAGGGAGACGUCGGUCUUCAACGAUCUGCCGGCGCCGAAGGCAGAUCAGCAGGAGAUCAUCAGCCCUGUGCAGACGGCCUCGGAGGACGAGGAGGAUCUCUCGGAAUUCAAGUUCAAUAAGUUCGCUGCGACCUACUUCCAGGGGAACAUCAAUCAUUCCUACUCGAGGAAGCCUCUCAAGCAUCCCCUGCUCCCUCUGCACACUCAGGGGGAUCAGCUGGCUGCGCAGGCCCUCUGGAUCACGAUUUUGAGGUUCACUGGGGAUCUCCCGGAGCCGAGGUACCACACCAUGAACCGGGACACAACUUCAGUCAUGUCGAAGGUGACAGCCACUCUCGGGAGGAAUUUCAUCAGGAGCAAGGAGUUCCAGGAGGCCCAGAUGAUGGGGAUGGAUCCGGACAGCUUCAAGCAGAAGCCCAGGUCCAUCAGGCACAAGCUCGUCUCCCUCACCCUGAAGAGGAAGAACAAGCUCGGGGAGGACGUCAGGAGGAGACUCCAGGAGGACGAGUACACCGCUGACAGCUACCAGUCCUGGCUGGAGUCGCGGCCAACGUCGAACCUCGAGAAGCUCCACUUCAUCAUUGGGCAUGGGAUCCUCAGGGCCGAGCUGAGGGACGAGAUCUACUGCCAGAUCUGCAAACAGCUGACGAACAAUCCGUCAAAGUCCUCCCACGCCAGGGGCUGGAUCCUCCUGUCCCUCUGCGUCGGGUGCUUCGCGCCUUCUGAGAAGUUCGUCAACUACCUCAGGGCGUUCAUUCGCGAGGGACCACCGGGGUACGCGCCCUACUGCGAGGACCGGCUGAAGCGAACCUUCAAUAAUGGAACGAGGAACCAACCCCCCAGUUGGCUCGAGCUGCAGGCCACUAAAUCCAAGAAGCCCAUCAUGCUACCGAUCACCUUUAUGGAUGGCAACACCAAGACCCUCCUGGCGGAUUCUGCCACCACCGCCAGGGAACUCUGCAACCAGCUCUCGGAGAAGAUCUCCCUGAGGGAUCAGUUCGGCUUCUCCCUGUACAUCGCUCUGUUCGACAAGGUCUCCUCCCUGGGGAGCGGUGGGGAUCACGUCAUGGACGCCAUAUCCCAGUGCGAGCAGUACGCCAAGGAGCAGGGGGCGCAGGAGAGGAACGCCCCCUGGAGGCUCUUCUUCAGGAAGGAGAUCUUCGCACCCUGGCACGAGCCCACUGAGGACCAGGUGGCGACCAAUUUGAUUUAUCAACAGGUGGUCCGGGGCGUCAAGUUCGGGGAGUACAGGUGCGACAAGGAGGAGGACCUCGCGAUGAUAGCGGCCCAGCAGUACUACAUCGAGUACCACGUCGACAUGAAUGUCGACAGGCUCUUCGCCCUCCUCCCCAAUUACAUUCCCGAUUACUGCCUGACUGGGGUGGACAAGGCCAUCGAGAGGUGGGGGCACCUGGUACUCCAGGCCUUCAAGAAGAGCUACUACGUCAAGGAAAAGGUGCCGGCGCUGCGGGUCAAGGAGGACAUCGUGGGGUACGCCAAGUUCAAGUGGCCCCUCCUGUUCUCCCGGUUCUACGAGGCCUACCGCAACUCCGGGCCGAACCUCCCGAAGAACGACGUCAUCAUCGCUGUCAACUGGACCGGGGUCUACGUCGUCGACGACCAGGAACAGGUCCUCCUGGAGCUGUCCUUCCCCGAGAUCACGACAGUGUCUAGUCAAAAAACUAAUAAGAUGUUCACGCAAACGUUCAGUCUGUCGACGGUGCGGGGGGAAGAGUUCACCUUUCAGAGUCCCAAUGCGGAGGACAUCCGGGACCUCGUGGUCUACUUCCUGGAGGGCCUGAAGAAGCGCAGCAAGUACGUGAUAGCUCUGCAGGACUAUAAGCCCCCGGGGGAGGGCGCCUGCUCUUCUUUCCUCAAUUUCUCCAAGGGGGACCUGAUCGUUCUCGACGAGGAGAGCACUGGGGAGACUGUUUUGAACUCCGGGUGGUGCAUCGGCACCUGCGAGAGGAGCGGGGACAAGGGGGACUUCCCCGCGGAGACUGUCUAUGUCCUGCCUUCGUUGUCGAAACCUCCGAAUGAUAUUCUCGCGCUGUUCAGCAUCGAGGGUGGCGAAAAUGGGAGGAGACUCUACCCCCAGCAGAUGAAUGGGGUCGAGUCCAGGGACAAACCCCACACUCUCCUGGAGUAUGCGAUCGAUCAUUUCAGGACUCCCCCCAAGAGGACCAUGUCGAAGGCCCUCACUUUGACUGCCGCACGUCGGGGCCACGUCGACGAGCUCUGGAGACACUCCAGGGAACCCAUCAAGCAACCUCUGCUCAGGAAACUCGUCUCCAAGGAGGAAUUGGCCGAGGAGGCCUGCUUCGCCUUCAACGCCAUCCUCAAGUACAUGGGGGAUCUCCCCACUAAGAGACCGAGGAUUGGGAAUGAGUACACUGACGUCAUCUUCGAUGGCCCUCUGAAGAACGAGAUCCUGAGGGAUGAGAUCUACUGCCAGAUCAUGAAGCAGCUGACGGACAACAGGAACAGGCUGAGUGAGGAGAGGGGGUGGGAGCUCAUGUGGCUAGCCACUGGGCUUUUUGUCUGCAGCCAGAGCUUGCUCAAGGAGCUGACGCUGUUCUUGAGGACCAGGAGGCAUCCCAUCAGCCAGGAUUCACUGCAGAGACUGCAGAAGACCCUCAGGAAUGGGCAGAGGAAGUAUCCGCCGCAUCAGGUCGAGGUCGAGGCCAUUCAGCAUAAGACUACGCAGAUAUUUCAUAAGGUGUAUUUUCCUGAUGACACUGACGAGGCUUUCGAGGUGGACUCCUCGACAAAAGCCAAGGAUUUCUGUCAGAAUAUCGCCCAGAGGUUGAACCUGAGGUCCGCAGAGGGGUUCAGUUUAUUCGUAAAAAUAGCUGACAAAGUUAUAUCGGUGCCGGAGGGCGACUUCUUCUUCGAUUUCGUGAGGCAUCUGACGGACUGGAUCCGGAAGACCAGACCCUCGAAGGAUGGGGUAGCCCCACAGUUCACGUAUCAAGUGUUCUUCAUGAAGAAACUUUGGACUAAUACUGUGCCUGGGAAGGACCGCAAUGCAGAUCUGAUUUUCCAUUUUCAUCAGGAGUUGCCGAAGUUGUUGAGAGGAUAUCACAAGUGCACGAAGGAAGAGGCAUCGAGACUGGCUGCCCUCGUCUACAGAGUGAGAUUUGGAGAGAGUAAACAAGAGCUGCAAGCAAUACCACAAAUGUUGAGGGAACUCAUACCCGGGGAUCUGGUGAAGGUUCAGAGCGCUAACGACUGGAAACGUUCGAUAAUAGCAGCUUACAAUCAAGAUGCAGGAAUGAGCCCCGAGGACGCCAAAAUAACAUUUCUGAAGAUUGUUUAUCGUUGGCCAACAUUUGGGUCAGCAUUCUUCGAAGUUAAACAAGGAACAGAGCCUAAUUACCCAGAACUCUUGCUCAUUGCUAUCAAUAAACACGGAGUGAGUUUAAUUCAUCCACAAACCAAGGACAUCUUGGUGACCCAUCCAUUCACGAGAAUCUCCAACUGGUCGUCCGGGAACACCUACUUCCACAUGACAAUCGGUAAUCUAGUGAGGGGCUCAAAACUCCUCUGCGAAACCUCCCUGGGGUAUAAAAUGGAUGAUUUACUCACCUCUUACAUAUCAUUAAUGCUCACAAACAUGAAUAAACAGCGAACAAUACGAAUACCUAAACAAUAAUCAUCUCCAGUACUUUUUCGUGAAACGAGGAGUGGAAUAACGUCGCAGAUUUUUUGGAUAUUUUUCUAUUUUGAUGAGUAUAAAAUUUUUAUACCUAGAAUUUGUACUAUAGGGCUCAAUAGGUGUUUUUAAAUCGCAAUGGUCCAUUUGCAAAUCGAAAUUAUAUAUAUUUUUUGAAUGUUCUGUUUUUCAAUUUUGUGGCCGGUGGCUAAACGAGAUUAAUUAAUUUCUCCUGGUGUUCAGUUCUUGUUAAAUGAAGAGGGAAAUUUAAUUUUCAAUAAAUUUAAUGGGAACUGAAAAUGAAGGGAAUUUGUCUCGUUCUCCCAGUUCGUCACUAAAUUGUAUGAUUCGUGGGUGAAUGAGUGUAUAUAUUCUAAUUGCAUAUUUUUAAAAUAUUCGUAUUUAUGCAGAGUAGGUAUAUUUGAGAAUUAUCGUGCUGAAAUGAUAUUUUUAUCCUCAGAAUUGAUUUUUCCUAUAAAUUUUUCUCAAUUUGGUUUCGUCAUUAGAGGCCAGAGUUCUCUUUUUUUUCUUGUCUCGUGUGAAUUUCUGAUGGCUUCACGUCUUUGGUCACAAUGAGAAUUAUUUAAUUGUGGGUAAAUUCCCACACGUUUGGAUUACCAACAUUCCUGUGUUGGUAACAAUAAUACAACUUUGAGAAGGGAUGUUACCGAGGUACAGCCCAACUGCGGAUUUCGAUUCUUAUCUCGUUUCCUCUUUGAAAAUGUGCUAUGUAUGCAUGUGUAUUAUUAAUUUUUUCCUCGUGUUUUUUUUUCUCACGAAGCACACGAGUGUGCUUUUCAAUGGAUGCCAAUCCUUUUCGAAAUUCUCAAACUAUUUUUCAUUAAUUAAUUGUAAUGAGUUUAUAUCUAGUAAUUAAAUCGAGGUUGGAGAGGAGAAAUUUAUAAAAAAUGAAUAAAUGAUAAUAAAAAAAAUGAGCAUUGUUACAAAA